AUGGCCACGAGCAAUUCUUAUUCAGCUCGACUCUUGGAUUCGGGGAAUUUGAUGUUGUUUCAAGGCAGUGAUACUAAAAAUGAAAGUUUUGUUGCAUGGCAAAGUUUUGAUUAUCCUACGAAUACUCUGCUGCCCAACAUGAAACUCGGGCUGGACCGGAGGACCGGUCUGGACGGGUUCCUGACAUCAUGGAAGUCGAAAGACGAUCCGGGCACAGGAGAAUCCUCGUAUAGGAUGGUACCAAGUGGGUUGCCCGAACUUGUAUUGGACAAGGGCUCAGUCCGAUUAUAUCGGAUCUUACCAUCGAUCGGGAGCAAACUGACUGAGAAUUUCACUAAUUUCAUGUUCCACUCGAGUUACAUUGAUGAUCCUGAGGAAGUCAGUAUAGCUUAUGCUCAGGUCAAUGGCUCGCGUUUGUCUAAAAUUUUUUUGGACGAACUUGUUGGGGGGUUAAAAAUGGAUACGUGGAUCGAUGUGGAGGGUCAGGGUAAAUGGGUCGAGUUCUACUCGGCCCCGAAUGCCAGCAGCGGGGUUUGA